GUUCUGAAAUAGCAGUAACAGGUCAGGUAACAUGCCUAGAGGCCGCCCAGGCAAGCGCAACCUUCGUACGGGUUAAGCACUGAACUCAAGGGAUAACCCGUCAGACAGUCUAGAUAUUUAGCCGUCAUUGAACGAAUACAGUGUGAUGCUCGCUCAUAACGCUCCGGAUUCUGAUUGGUCACAAUUAAUACUCGUAAUAACAGAAAGUUCGUUUCAAGGUCAAUAAGUGGAAAAUGUUCAAACAUUUAGAACAUUUUAGGGAAAAAAAGCUGAUAUGUGUCUAGUAUAAACCUGAAAUAGUGAAUGUGAAUACUCCGCACUUCAUUGUUCAUCUUUCAGCAGUAGUUUUUUCGAAUAUGAGUGGACUAAAGACGUUCAGAAAAGUUUCUCACGUUAUAUUUGAUAUGGAUGGAGUUUUACUAGACACUGAAAUUGUGUAUAAAAAUGCUAUACAGAGUAUAGCAAGCCGGUAUGGGAAGGUUUACACACCCCAUAUAAUGGGAAAAGUCAUAGGAACACCAGAAAGGGAAUCUUCAAGAAUUGCAGUGCAAGAAAUGGAGCUUCCAAUUUCUGUUGAAGACUUUCAAACAGAGUUCAGGAAUAGGGCACAUAAUUUAUUCAAAACCACUGUCCAACUAAUGCCAGGAGCUGCUCUGCUAGUGAAGCAUCUACAUAGUAACAAGAUACCCAUAGCAGUUGCAACAUCUUCAUCCCAAGACAGCUUCAACCUCAAAACAGCACAUCAUCAAAACAUUUUCCAACUUUUUGACCACAUUGUAUGUGGUGGUAGUGACCCAGAUGUGAAAGCAGGGAAACCAAAUCCAGACAUAUUUCUUGUGUGUGCUUCAAGAUUUUCAGAUAAUCCUAAUGCAGAGAAGUGCCUUGUUUUUGAAGAUGCUCCCAAUGGAGUGACAGCUGCAGUCAGAGCUGGCAUGCAGGUGAUAAUGUUGCCAGAUGAAAAUGUACCUGAAGAAUUGCAAAGAGAAGCUCAUAUCACAAUAAGCUCAUUGGAGGAGGCACCUUUACAGCUGUUUGGACUACCUCCCUUACAAACUUAAUUUAAUUUGGAAAAAUUGAAAUGUAGAAAUAUAUUUGUAAUAUUACUGUAUUUUAAGUUUUUUUAUUCAGGACACAGCUCAAAUUCACAACUCAGGAUAAUAUAGCAUUCCUAUUUUGACAUUGUUUCUAGCCUCAACAAAACAUCACUUGCUGAUAAAUCUUUCAAUGAAACACUCUUUUCUUUCCCAAAUUCUGAAAAUAGUUGAGCAGAAGAUAUAAUAUGCUUGUUAUGUAAUUAUUAAACAUACCAUAUCUUGCCCAUAGCCUUGGUUCAACUCCUGAGCAUUCUCUGAUUAAAAUAGGGAACUUCGGGUUAUUGGAUUUCAACUCUACAUAGUAUUUUUCUAUAAAUUCCCUGAAAAAUUUUUCUGUGUAAAACCAUUAACCAUUGUUACAUAAUCAAAAUCGAGAUAAGUUACCUAACUCCUUUGCUAGCAGCUCCUGUUUGACACAAGUGAAGCCUCAGUUCUUUCAGAGUUGAACCCAAUCUUAUGGCUGCAGACAUUUUUUUAUUAAAAUAUAGGAAUUACCGAUUAAAUUCAAACUACAAAUAUUUUGAUUUGGAUGAAUGAUGACAGAUAACCUCAA